GGCCGGGUCGGGCUGGGCUGGGGGCGGAGUGGGGACCGAGUUAUGGCCAAGCACGUGUUUCUCACGGGACCCCCAGGGGUUGGAAAGACUACUUUGAUCCAGAAAGUCACUCAAGCUCUAAAAUCCUCAGGCGUUCCCAUUGAUGGAUUUUACACACAGGAAGUUAGAGAAGGUGGCAGGAGAACAGGAUUUGAUGUUGUCACUCUGUCUGGAAACCGAGGACCUUUAUCUAGAGUCAGUCCCAGUUCUGACUCUUCUGCUUCAAGACGUGAAUACCGGGUUGGACAAUAUGUUGUAGACCUUGUUUCAUUUGAGCAGUUGGUUCUACCUAUGCUGAGAAAUGUAAACCAUGGUGGUGACUCAGAGAAAAGAAUUUGUGUCAUAGAUGAGAUUGGUAAAAUGGAACUCUUCAGCCAGGCUUUUAUUCAAGCUGUUCGUCAAAUGCUGGCUGGCUCGGGGACUGUGGUGCUUGGAACUAUUCCAAUACCUAAGGGAAAGCCACUGGAUCUUGUUGAAGAAAUAAGAAGUAGGAAAGAUGUUAAAGUGUUCAAUGUUAGUAAGGAAAACAGAAACAGCAUUUUGCAAGACAUCUUGGCAGCUGUGGAAUCCUGCAGAAAAUGAAGACCUUUUCUGUCCUGUAAACACUAAAGCUUUCAUUUCAACAAAACAUUACAACAUUUUGUGGAUGGUUUAGAGUCUGUCCUUCCUGCUUUUGUCCCCUCAAGGCUUUACUGGAGCCUUCAGGGUAAGCAGAGUAAAGCUGGUAAUACUCUAAAAUGGGAUGGCAGGAUUGUAAUUUAUUCAGUUCACUGAAUUGAAAAAAAAUUGAACAGAUGUGUAGCUAACAUCCAGUUCUAAUCUGGGAGUUUGGAAGUUUAGUGGUCAACUCUGAUCCGAGUUAACACAUGUGAAAACAACUAACUGUAAAAAUCUGUUUGAGAUCUUAGUCUUUCUGAGUGUGUUCAGAUCAAUUCAAUAUCUGCCUACAGAUAAUUCAGUAUCUGCAACAUAGCCCUGGUGCAACAGAACAGAGCCCUGUGCAAAAUGUAGAUGAGUCCUGCCUGGUUUAUGUAGGAGUGUAGCUGUUGGUGACCCAGCUUAGGUGUAUUCAGGUGUGCUUUAGCAUGGGUGCUGACAAAUCAGCAGGUAGAGGGAAUAAGCAGAUGUGUCUCUCCUCCUACCCCUAGGCACCCCUCUCUGCAGUUGCAGUAUAAGGAGGGUUAUCCAGAGUUUCAAGGAAACUUCCUGUAGUCAUGAGUGACAUUUACAGAAUUCCAUUUUGGUAGGAAAAAUAGCCAAAUCUACUCUCUCUUACAUGGCCCAGAUACUAAUUGAUAAGAGGUCUGCAUUUUGAAUUAAUUUUCAAUUUCCUGGUGGCAAUCCUGUUCCCACGCCCCCUUACAAAUAAUAUAUAUAAAAAUCGUCGAGUCCAUGAAGUUAAUGAAAUCUUGUGUUUUUCAU